AUGAAGCAUGUUGGUUCCUUUACUGUGAAGCUACCUAUAACAUUUCCUUGCUUAAUCACUGGAAUUAUCUUGAAUCAACACCCUGAAGUUUUGCAUCCUCAAGAAACUCCAAACAAAAAGGACGAGCCUCUGACCUUUAAUAAAAAGCUAUUUGUGGAAACGCAUGUCCUAGACAUUUUAGUGACAAAAUACCAAGGUGAAACUACUGGUGGAAAUUCUUCUCUUGUAUUCAAAGCAACCAGAAAAGAUGCGUUGCUUGAGCUAAUGGAAGUAUCAAAGAUUCUGCAAGAGAUAAUUGCUGCAAGUAUCAUCAGGAAGAGAAAUGUGGAUGAAUUGAUCAAAAUGCUGACCAAGGAGAAGGAUAUUAAGGAUGAAGAAAAAGCUAAUAGUGAAGAGGAAGAACAAUAUGCUAGUGAUGAAGAAAUUUGCAGCUCAUAA